AUGGCUACCAAUACCGGCGUCAAAUCUCGGAAGCAACAAAACAAAGAUCAGGCAACCAUUGAGAAAUUCAGCGAUGCGGAUGAGAAGACGAAUAAUGGCUUCGCAAAAGAGCACAUCACAGGUGGCUGGCGACCUGGUAUGGAUCCCAGGGUCGACUACUCAGGGCAUUUCGAGUUUGGUGGCUCUUGGGGGUGCCUGGCGGUCAUGAUAGUCUUUCCUCUCCUGAUGUACUACAUGUGGAUCGGUGCGACUUACUACGAGGGAAAGUUCCCUUUGCCUGAAGCAGAUCAGUCUUGGGUAGAUUUUGUGAAGCAUCUCGGCCACUUGAUUCACACGGGCGCUUUCCCUCACCUCCGAGCGUGGCGGAUCUACUGGGUCUAUUUCAUCUUUGAGGCCGCUUGUUACAUUCUGAUGCCAGGAUUCACUUGUUAUGGCAAGCCUCUACUUCACCUUGGUGGCAAGCAACUGAAAUACCACUGUUCCGCCUAUAGCAGCUUCUACUUAACAAUUGUUGUGAUGGCUGUGUUACAUGGUUCGGGACUGUUCCCAAUUCAUACAUUUUUGGAUGAAUUUGGUCCAUUGAUGUCAGUUGCCAUGAUCUCUGGAUUCCUUAUGAGCGUGGUGACCUAUAUUUCUGCCUUUGCUCGCGGGGCUCAACACCGUAUUACCGGCUACCCUAUCUAUGACUUCUUCAUGGGCGCAGAGCUCAAUCCUCGGCUCUUUGGCAUCCUGGAUUUCAAAAUGUUCUAUGAAGUGCGUAUCCCAUGGUUUAUUCUGUUCGGUCUGAGCUGCGCGGCAGCUACGCGUCAGUAUGAGCGAUACGGAUAUGUUUCUGGUGAAGUUCUUUUCCUGGUCAUGGCACACUACACUUAUGCCAACGCUUGCUCUAAGGCUGAGCAUCUGAUCACCACCACCUGGGAUAUGUACCAGGAAAAGCUUGGAUUCAUGUUGACUUUCUGGAACAUGGCCGGCGUUCCUAUGUCCUAUUGCCAUUGCACCCUGUACCUGGCGAACCACGACCCGUCCACAUAUGCAUGGAAUAAGUAUGGGCUAGCUGCUUUGUUCAUUUCUUAUCUCUUCGUCUACUGGGUCUGGGACACCGCCAAUGGCCAGAAGAACUCUUUUCGAAUGAUGGAGCGUGGUACUUGGGUGAAGCGCAACACUUUCCCUCAACUUCCCUGGCAGGAGGUUCAUAACCCCAAGACCAUUGUGAGCGAGAACGGAGACACGAUUCUAGCAGAUGGAUGGUAUGGACUGGCACGGAAAGUGCACUACAGCUGUGAUAUGUUUUUCGCUCUUUCAUGGGGCCUAGUCACUGGCUUCAAUAGCCCAUUCCCUUGGUUCUAUCCGGUCUUUUUCUGUAUCAUGAUUGCUCACCGAGCCAUGCGAGACAUCAACAAGUGCAGACAUAAAUAUGGCGAUGCAUGGAAACAGUAUGAAAAGCAGGUUCCAUAUCUGUUCAUUCCGUAUGUGAUCUAG